UUGACGUGUUCGGCGAUGAUGAGGCAAAGCGCAUUGUCGUGCAGUGAGCGCACCUCGCCGUUCCUUUAGGAUAGACUGACUACGCACUGAAGGAGCUCCUAUCGCCUAGGAGCCUUUCAGAUAUAAAGCAAAUUGCGAAAAUUAUCUUGUGUCUUGUGUGGGACAACACUGAUACGACGGAGAACCAUAAGAAUCAUUUUUUGGGCACGCUAUUUAGCAAUGGAUGAAAAGCAUUGACAGCGCUGGUAGAAGAUGAAGAGAUGAGCAACUGGCUUGUAGCAGAUAAAGUGACUGAACCACAAUACAGUAGCUAUGUUGACUUAUCUUUUGUGUGAAACAUACAUUUGUUUUAUGUAUUGCACAGUCUGACAACGUUUUUGGGGCAUGGGACCUUAUUUUAAUUUUCGUUAUUAGACCAUUUUGAUGCACGACCAUUUGAACUCCUGUAGUUACAGCAGUGGAGCUGACAGUAAAUGAGAGACCGUCACGAUGCCCCCGGGGGAGUAUGGGAUGCUGGGCGAGUGGGAGAAGGAGGGGGACCAUGACAUCAUGAUGGACUUCCUGCUGCCCACCGGGAUCUUCCUGAAAUUCCCUGUGUCUCGCAAUGACACCAUCGGGGCCAUCAAAAAAAUGGUGUGGAGGAACGCUAGCAGCGAGCCCCUGUAUGGAGCGCUGAGCGACGCGGACGCUUACGUGUUCACCUGCAUCAACUCGACGGCAGAGCGUGAGGAGCUAGAAGACGAGACCCGUCGUCUGUGUGAUGUCAGGCUCUUCAUGUCUGUCCUGAGGCUGGUGGCCCGGGAGGGUGACCGUGUGGAGAAGCUCACCAACACCCAGAUCAGCCUGCUGAUUGGCAAAGGUCUGCACGAAUUUGACUCCCAGAAGAACCAUGAGGUGAACGAGUUCAGGGUGAAGAUGCGGUCAUUCUGUGAAGAGAAGGCCCAGUACCGCCAGCGGUUGCCAUGGUACCAGUGGAUGGAGUACAGCUUCUCGUGUGAUCUAGAGCCAUGUGUUUCCCUGGCAGAGCCUGGGGGCAUCAAGACAAAAGGCACUAAGAAGAUCUUUGUCAAUGUCAAGUUUGAGGCCAGCGAUGAAAGCUUUAUGCUUCAGCAGGAGCCCCAGGACCUGCCGGUGAUCUUAAUGCGGAGUGCCCUAAAGAAGAAGGCCACUGUGUUUCGCUCAGUGCGACAGGAGAAGCCAGAGGACUACACUUUACAGGUCAAUGGGAGGUGGGAAUUCAUAUACGGGAAAUACCCCCUGUGCCAGUUCAAAUACAUCUUCUCCUGUUUGAGAGGGGGUCAAACCCCCCACCUGACCAUGGUUCAUCACUCCACCAUUGUCAAAUACCAGGAGGAGCAGGGCUGCCUGGGCAGCCAGCUGUCCAAGAGUCGCUCCUUGUCUAAGCCCCCCCCUCUACCCGUGAAGAAGCAGAACACGUCGUCUUUGUGGUCCAUUGAGGAGCCUUUCCACAUUCACUUGCUACAAGGCUACCGAGUCAACGCAGAUGAAGGAAUGAAGCUGGUCGUCCAGGCAGGUCUGUUCCACGGCAGUGAGCUGCUGUGUAAGGUCGUGACCAGUGGUGAGGUUAACGUGUGCUCCGAGCCCUUGUGGGACCAGAAGCUGGUGUUUGACAUCAGCGUGAGCGACCUGCCUCGUAUGAGCCGCCUGUGCUUUGCUCUCUACGCCGUCAUCGAGAAGGCCAAGAAGCCCCGCUCCACCAAAAAGAAGAACAAGAAAGCUGACUGUCCACUAGCCUGGGUAAACACCAUGGUGUUUGACUAUAAGGAUCAGCUGAAGACUGGGGAGUUCCUUCUCUCCACCUGGCCUUCAGUCCCUGAUGAUAAAGGCGACCUCUUGAAUCCAAUGGGCACAGUGGAGAAAAAUCCCAACGUUGAUAGUGCAGCAGGACUCCUCAUUCACUUCCCCAAUAUCCGACCUCACCCUCUCUACUACCCCCAUUUCGACAAGUUGAGGGACCUAGAAAAAAAUGGAGGGAAGGUUAUAGCCACCAAGGUAGAGCAUAUGAAGCUAAAGGAAAUAGUAGACAAUAAGAACUACACAGAGUUCUUUGAGGACGAGAAAGAGCUUCUGUGGAAGCUACGCGGUGUGGUGCGGGAGCGCUACCCAGAGAGUCUGUCCAAACUUCUCCUCAUCACAAAAUGGAAUAAGCACGAGGAUGUAGCACAGAUGGUGACAUUUCUGCAGAAAUGGCCGGACCUCCCUGCUCUCCAUGCCCUGGAGCUGCUGGACUACAGUUUCCCUGACCCAAUGGUCCGCUCUUUCACCAUCAGAUGCCUAAGGAAGCUGAGAGAUGAGGAGCUGCUCCAGUACUUGCUGCAGUUGGUUCAGGUUCUGAAGUAUGAGUCUUACCUGGACUGUGACCUUGCUACUUUUCUGCUGGAGAGAGCCCUCUCCAACAAGAGGAUAGGUCACUUCCUCUUCUGGCAUCUCAGGUCAGAAAUGCACGUAUCCUCGGUCAGUCUGCGUUUCGGCCUGAUUCUAGAGGCUUACUGCAGGGGCAACAUCUAUCACAUCAAGUGCUUAUGGAAACAGAACGAGGCACUGAACAAGAUGAAGGCUCUGAAUGACUUUGUGAAGUCGGGCUGGCAGAAGACAUCGCGCCAGCAGAUGACAGAUGACAUGAAGCUGUGUAUCAAACAGGAGGCCUACAUGGAGGCCCUCUCAUAUCUGCUGUCCCCGCUCAAUCCCAGCAUCAUGCUCUCAGAGAUUUGUGCGGACAGAUGCAAGUUCAUGGACUCCAAGAUGAAGCCCCUGUGGCUCAUGUACAAGAACAAAUGGGUGCAGGGGGACGCUGUGGGCAUAAUCUUCAAGAACGGAGAUGAUCUCCGACAAGACAUGUUGACCCUCCAAAUGAUCCAGCUGAUGGAAAUCCUUUGGAAGAAAGAGGGACUAGAUCUAAGGAUGAUCCCCUACGGCUGCCUCUCCACCGGGAACAAGACAGGCCUCAUUGAGGUGGUGAAAAACUCAGACACCAUCGCCAACAUCCAGCGCAACAACAGCAACAGUGCCGCGACUGCUGCCUUCAACAAAGACGCUCUGCUCAACUGGCUUAAAUCCAAGAACCCAGACAGGGAUAAACUUGACCAGGCCAUUGAGGAGUUCACACUAUCAUGUGCUGGUUACUGUGUAGCCACUUACGUGUUGGGUAUCGGUGAUCGCCACAACGACAAUAUCAUGAUCAAGGAGACUGGGCAGCUGUUCCACAUUGACUUUGGGCACUUUCUGGGAAACUUCAAGAGCAAAUUUGGGAUCAACAGGGAACGUGUGCCUUUUAUUCUGACGUACGACUUUGUCCACGUCAUCCAACAAGGGAGGACCAACAACAGUGAGAAGUUUGAAAGGUUCAGAGAGUGCUGUGAGCAGGCCUAUAAGAUCUUGUGUCGCAAUGGGACUCUGUUUGUUAACCUGUUUGCCAUGAUGAAAGCAGCCGGACUGCCUGAGCUGAGCUCCUUCAAGGACAUCCAGUACCUAAAGGACUCAUUGGCUUUGGGGAAAUCGGAGGAAGAAGCGCUGAAGAAUUUCAAAGUCAAGUUUAACGAAGCUCUGAGAGAGAGCUGGAAGACCAAGGUGAACUGGAUGAUGCACUCUCUUGCCAAAGAUAGCAGACUUUGAAUAAAAGCCACUGCCCGGAGAAGCGUUCUGAACCUUAAUACCCCUGAUUUGUCGAUCUGAUCAGGGUUUUCAGCUUAUGGAGCCAAAAGGAAUGAAAAUGCACUGAAGUCUUUGUCGUAAAAUAAGAGCAAUUGGCAAUGUUUUACAGAUGUUUACACCUGACUGGCAGUCAUGGUUAUGGUUUAUGAACUGAUGCAAAACUGCAAGUACUUGUUGACAGUCACAUUUCAUUGGGAGUAAUUGCCAUUGUUACUAUAUCAUACAGACAGUACAGGGUUGAAAAUCAUUUGCACGUGGGCACGCCCCAUGUCAACCAGACCUAUCACCACAUGAAUAGCGCCCUGAAAGUGACAAUCUCAAACCAAAUUGGGAGCAAACAACAUAAUAAUGAUGCCUAAUGAAACAAUGUAUGAACAUUUUGUCAGGAGAGUAGUAAGAGAGAGGAGUUAAAUUAUAUGUGAAAUACUGUAAUAGGAGAUUGAUUAAAUGACUUGAUAAGUUUUUUUGCAUUGAUUAUAGUUAAAUGACCAGGCCAGAGAGAGGUACGUAGGACCUCAAGUGUUUCAUGCGGUUUACAUUCAUUCUAUGAUUUUUUUUAUUUUUUUUUACUUUUGAAUUUUAUUAUUUUCAUUGAAAUAUACUGUAUCCUCUGUUUUACAGUGAGCUCCAAAAGUAUUGAUACGUUGUUUUGCUGUUUUGGCUCUGUACUCCAGCACUUUAGAUUUGAAAUUACACAAUGACUACGAGGAUAAAGCACAUACUGUCAGCUUUAAUUUGAGGGUAUCUUCAUCCAUAUCGGGUGAACCAUUUAGAAAUUACAGCACUUUUGUAAAUAGUCCCCCCAUUUUAGGGGAAAGUAUUGGGACAAAUUAAAUUAUGUGUAUUUAAGUAAGAAAAAGUGAAGUAGUCGGUCCCAUAUUCGUAGCGCGCUGUGACUACAAAUUGGUUGGAUGCAUUUGCUGUUUGUUUUUUGUUGUGUUUCAGAUUAUUUUGUGGCCCUAUUAGAAAUAAAUGGGGAAUAAUGUAUUUGGGGGAUGAUACUUGUGCAUCUGUAAAUUUCUCACUCAAUCAUUAUUCAUGAUUCAUUCAGAAUUAUCCGUAAUCAUGGUAGCAAUCCACAUUAAUGUAGAAGUGUUUAGAAACAUAUUCUAUUCUUAUUUACAAUAAAAGUGAGUCCAAAAUUACUCUACAUUAUUUACCAUCAAUUUCUAUUGGGCACAAAAUAAUCUGAAACACAACCAAAACAAACAGCAAGGGCCUCCAACAAAUGUGCAGAGUCACAAGCUUGAUGUUGUCAUUGUGUGCUAUGAAUAUGGGACAAAAUACUUACAUUUUUACUACUUAAAUACACAAGUGAAUUUGUCCCAAUACUUUUUGUCCCUUACAAUUGGGGGACUAUGUACAGAAAGUACUGUAAUCUCUAAACAGUUAACCCAAUAUGGAUGAAAAUACCCUCAAAUUAAAGCUGACAGUCUGCACUUUAACCACAUAGUCAUUGUAUAAUUUCAAAUCUAAAAUGCUGGAGGACAGUUUGCACUUUAACCUCAUAGUCAUUGUAUAAUUUCAAAUCCAAAGUGCUGGAUGACAGUCUGCACUUUAACCGUAUAGUCAUUGUAUAAUUUCAAAUCCAAAGUGCUGGAGUACAGAGACAAAAACGAAACAAUUUGUCACUGUCCCAAUACUUUCGGUGCUCACUGUAUUUAAAGUCUUGAAAGUGUGUUAAAUGUUUUUGUACAAAGAAUCAAGCUUUCUUUGUAAAGGUACUUUUUAGGUUUUGACAUGAUAAUGUUAUGGAAUAAGGUCUUAUUUGUCUAUUGUGUAUGUAUGAGAUUUUGCCAUCUGGGAUGUUUUAUACCUUGUGGAAUGAGAUACCCCAGUCUGUUGUUUGUAACAGAGAUGGAGUCAAGAGUAUAUUUCCUUCAACAACAUUGCAUUCCAGCCCUGCUCCUACAUAAGUAAAGCAAGACGUUUUGCCAGCCAGGAUUUUGAGUCACUGCUACUUGGCCAUUUAACUCAGGAGUUGAUAUUCAUACGGUCUUGUCAGAGACUAUUACACGAGACCCAGACCCAUACACUGGUGCCAGGACUCAAGCCCAAAACUUGGACAGUGAUCCCCAGACCAAGUGAUCUUGUGUGGUUCUUCAGACCAAGACCACAAGCUUGAGUCUAUAAUAAAUUUGUAAUAAGCCAUAGCUCUUUAUCUCAAGUGUUGCUCUUCAAUGUCUCUAUGUGGUGUCAUUAUACAUAAGCUACCUGCUACAUGCUGUGAAAUGAUGUAGGGUCGAUUCUCAUGAUAGGUCAGUUGAAUUGAUCUACAAUACCUUGAAGAAAAUGCAGGGACAGUUCUGUAUGUUUUAGCUUUCAGAUAUGCACUGUAUGUUGUCCCCAGUGGCAGUCCUGACCUAUGUGCCUAUCUAUGCCUUUUACUUUUAUGCUUGAGAAAAUUAUUCUAGAAAAUAAUACUGUACAUACCUAGCGGGCUUUAUCUCUCUCAUCUCAAAAUGCUGUGUCAAUGCUGUGUAGAGUGACUGAUGUUCUGUGAAAACAAACCAUGAUAUUACUGUAUUAAUGUACAUUUGUCGUUGAAUUAUACAUUCUGUAUCUAUUCUCUCCUGAUUAGAGUAUACUGUGGACAGAAUCCACUAAUGAUUAUUUUAACCAUAGGAUGUGUGUGUGGGGGGAGGAAGCGUUGCUAUUGAGCACUGGUGCCUAUAUUUAAUUGAUUUAUAUUGUAUGUCCAUUAUUUUCUGUUGUUGCAGAUUGCAAACAAGGGUCAAUUGUAAAACAUAGGGCAUUGCUGUGUGGAACACUGAAAAGCAUGAAUUGAAGAAGAGCUUUUAUAUGCAUUCCAUUGCGUAACCUGCUCAGUAAUAUCUGCACUGAAUGUUAAUAUAGCCAGGUAAAUGGAUAUUUUAAUAAAUUACUAUGUUUUAGUAUUUUGUUCAUUAGUCCACAAUCCCAUAUCUUGUAUUUGCAUGUCAGCAGUCAACUUUUCAAGAUGGAGCACUUUCAGUACAGACUAAAAACUGUGAUCAUGCGUUUAUUUUGAAAACUUGACUGCUAACAUGUAGUCAAAAAACAAGAUUUUAAAUAGAUUUUUACACUGAGGUUGGAAUAAUACUGGGAAAAUUAUGAAAAUGCCCUUCUAGUUUGAAAAGACCACCUGAAAUGUCAGCCUGUUAUGGUGGGAUGGCGUUUUGGCCUGCCUGGUGACAUCACCAGGUUAAUUAGUCCAAAUUUCUCUGCCAAUAACAUCUAGUUUUCUGUUUUUACCGCCCCAUUCCCAGACAGUCCUAACAAAAUUCUUGCUUGAGAAAUUGCACUUUGCUAAGAAGCAAUUUUUGUUUAUUUUUUACUACUUUAAUUGAAAACAAUCACAGUAAGGUAUUUAAUUGUUACCCAGAAAGGAUUUGAUAUUUAGAUAAAACGUCUGCAUUGGACCUUUAACAGUGGAAUAAUGAAUAAAUGACCAAUAGUUUUGAGUAAGAUGAUCAUUUAAGUCAGGGCUCUCCAGCCCUGUGCCUGGAGAGCUACCAUUCUGUAGUUUUUUUCUCCAACCCUAAUCUACCGCAACGGGUUGGAUUGAAUACCUACAGGAGUGUCACUCUCCAGGAACAGGGUUGGAGAGAACUGCUUUAAAGGUGUUCCAGAAUACCCAUAUUUCCAGAAUAGCCAUAUAUUUUUAAAGGCCAGUGUGGAGCAAGAUGUCUUUGUUAAGCAUAUGUGCCUUUUUGGUUUUCGCUAUUGAUAAUCUUUAUGUGCUGUGAAAUACAUGACCGUGUCUUUAUUAUUAUUACGGCCAUCAUUAUCAUCAAUAUUAUUGUCAUCAUUAUCAUUUCAAGCUUUAUAAAUUGAUGGUGGACAGCCUCUGUGCUUUUCAUUGCAGCAUCUUUUUAUGAUCAAAUAUAUUUGUAUUUAUGACCAGGGCUCUGAACAUGUGCAUAGACUUAUUCUGAAAAAAAUAGGAAUUUGAGAACCAUAGUUAAUUUCCCAUGAACCUUGUGCUCGCAAGUAUACUGGAUUGGCUGGAAAUGUAUCCCUGCUUUUGAACUACCUGAAUCAAUUAUCUGAAUGAGUAAUACUAUUAAUCAAUGUUUUACCAUCAUGAAGUUCAAGUGAUAGACUCAAACAUACUGUGUUAUACCUAUUCAAGUUAAUGCGCUUUAAGGCUCUUUCAACUCAACACAAAUACACUGUAGACUUGAAGGAGGGAGGGCCUUUGUUUUUCAUUUGGCAUUUGCUAAUUUGUUUAAAUCAUGUGGAAUCAAGUUUGUGAAAUAAAAAGGGGACACUA